AAAACCUUGAUGAUAUUAUUUCUGAAAUAAAAUGGAAAACGUCUUUGAUUUACAGUCGACAUGAUCGGCACAGAGUUCUUAGAUUAUUUAUCAAAGUUCCAAGUCGCUACCUAUGUCGGAGUUGAAGAUUUUGCGGAUAAAUUUAAUUUUCUCAUAACAGUUAUGGUUCUUAUGCUUUGUACAACAAUUGUCACUAUCAAACAGUAUAUGAUGAAACCGAUUUCAUGCUACAUGGCAACAGAUUUGGGUGGAAAAAACUUAUUAGAUUAUGUUGAGAACUACUGUUGGGUUCAGGGCACUGUCCCUAUAGCAUAUUCUGGUCGAGUACCAGAGACAGAUGAAGGUUGGGCGGAACUAGAGAAGCAUAAACUACUUUAUUAUCAGUGGGUGCCAUUUGUUCUGGGCCUACAGUGUAUUUUAUUCUAUUUACCUCGAUUAAUCUGGCAAAUGAUAUGCUAUAACAGAGUUGGAACAGAUGUACAUCAUUUAGUCUUAUGUGCUAAUCAAGCAGUACAUGCUAAUGAUGAACAAAGAACUAAAAUGGUACAACACUUAGCAAAAACAUUAGAACAAUUAUUAUUUCAGCAACGUGAAUACCAUCAUGGAUUAUGGCCUCGAGUACGUCGUAGAAUGAGGAAAUGGGGUUAUUUAUUCUUCAUAAGUAAACGUCUUGGAACACGAUUAUUUGGAAUUUAUUUAUUCAUUAAAUGUCUUUAUUUAUUAAAUGCAGUCGGACAAAUAUUUAUGAUGCAAUCAUUUCUUGGUUUAAAAUCAAAUUAUACAUUAUUUGGUAUAACUAUAUCUAGAAAUAUUUUAGCUGGUCUCGAUUGGGAAGUGACAAUGAUUUUUCCGCGUGUUGGAUUUUGUUUGGUUCCUUUAAAACAUUUUGGAUCUAAUAAUUAUGCAACAGCACAAUGCGUUCUACCAGUAAAUAUGCUUAAUGAACGUAUUUAUAUGUUUUUAUGGUUUUGGAUUGUUCUCACUGCAACAAUUACAGCUAUCAGUAUACCGGCGUGGUUUACACGUAUGAGUUAUGAAAAAUCACGUACACAUUUCAUAAAAAAAUAUUUAAAACUUGGUGAACAAGUUAGUAGGAAAGAUAAAUAUAUGGUGGAAAAAUUUACCUUAUUAUUUUUACGUAACGAUGGUGUUUUUCUACUGCGUAUGAUUGCUAUCAAUGCCGGUGAAUUGAUUUGUUCUGAAAUAGUUUGUCAAUUAUGGCAUAUAUUUCGUGAAAAAUAUUUCUAUCGUGAUUUAACAAGUUGUAGACGUGACUGCAAUCAAAUGCAUCAUUUAGGCUUGAGAUUAUCUCGUGGUAUUGUCAAUUUAAAAGCAAGACAUUCCAAAGAAAAUAAGCAAAUUAAAUUGGAAGCUACAGCUUCAGCACCUCCACUUACUGAUGCACCUCUUGGAACAGAUGAAGACGAAGGUGGUUACGCUGAUGAUGAUGAAGAUGAACAGAAAGAUAUAAAAAAACAUUAUGGCAAAAAGUAUUCAUGGGAACAAAAGGAGUCCGUUUGAAUAUAUUAUUGUUAACACAUAUAUCGUCACCUGUAAACAGUCAUAAAAGUUGCUUUGAGAUGUACAGAUUACAUUAUGAUUUAUAAACAUAUCCAGCUCAUUUUUUUAUAAACAUUUUUUUAAUGAAAAAUAUUUAUCAAAAUUAUUAUUUUUUUGUUAUAUUUGCAAUUUAUUAGUGAACUUAUUGAAGAUAACUAAUGAGUUAUCUUUAGUUUACUUUCCUUUUUCUUGAGUGAACUCAAGCAAGUAAUUUCCCCUUAUUGUACAGUUAACCUUCUAACUGAUUAUGUUUUCUUUUUUUGAAUUGAUAGAGAGUUUAUGCAUUUACGCAAAUCAUUUGUAAUUAAAUUAUUUAUUGUUAUACUUUAGAUAUCAGUAUUAUUAUUGACUAAUAAAAGUUAUCUAUAAAGAAA